AACAUAGACAAAGAAUUAGUUAAUUUUCAUUUGGUGACGAAGAUUAAACUCAACAAUGAUCAAUAUUGAGCUUGUGAUCGUUUUAAUCUUAGCAAUUACUUCAAGUGUCCAACCGAUUAGUGAAACGUGUGGUAAUAGUACACAAAAUGUAGAAGACGCUUUUCGUAACGGAGAGAUAUUCAAGGACCUGAAUCUAAGUCCACCCAGCGAUGGAAUGGGUUUUAUACGAGUAACUUACGGAAAUAAACAAGUUUCUUGUGGAACAUUCUUAUCCGUUACAGAGACCAUGCUUCCUCCUUCAAUAGACUUCGUUGCUGAUUCGAGUAAGAAUUACACUUUUCUUAUGCUCGAUCCCGAUGUGCCCUCAAGUCUUAGCCCAUUAGCUCGAUCUUUUGUUCACUGGGUGAUAAUUGAUAUUCCUGGAGAUAAGAUUGCUUCCGGGAAGGAAGUCAAGUUUUAUAUUUCACCUGGACCACCUCCAGGUUCAGGAGCUCAUCGAUACGUUUUUUUGAUCUAUCAACAACCCGAUGGUAAUAUGGAAAUGGGCCUUGUACCUCUACAACGAACUAAUUUCAAUGUCUCCCAAUACGCGAAAGAACGAAAUUUAUCUGGUCCAACCGCUGGUAAUUAUUUUCUUGAGACAACAACACCCUCACUGAAUACAACUAAAUCUCCAAUAAAAUUACCGUGAUUCUAAAUAUUAAUAAUAAAUAAAUUUAAUUUUUA